AUGUCGAAGGACAUAAUCGCUCCUGACACGGAUUUGCAUUUCGUUAAAGACAAUCAUAAUCCCGAUGACUGGCAAUCAGCGACAACGUCUAUCGCAUCGUCUGUCUACAAAGGGUUGAUGGAGAAUGGACGAAGAUAUCAAACACUUAGGGACAAGGGCUCACAUGUGCCAUCCGAUGAACAAAUGUUCGAAACCUACGAAGCUUCACAUUUUCUUGCUUUCAUUAUAGACUCCCACAAGGAGAACCCGCUGUUUCAGGCGCCAGUGGUGAAACCAAAGCACAUUCUGGAUAUUGGAACGGGCAAGGGUUCAUGGGCCGUCGACGUCGCCGAUCUGUUUCCUGGAGCAACUGUCCGCGGUGUGGACCUUUUCCCACCACCAGUCACCUGGAUCCCGCCGAACUGUCUCUUCGAAAUCGACGAUAUUCUCCAGUCGUGGACCUGGCGUGACCCAUUCGACUUGAUCCACCUGAGACUACUCGAUGCAGCGUUUACUCCCGAGGAGACAGAUCACCUUUACAAACAAUGUUACGACCACCUCCAACCGGGUGGAUGGAUCGAGCAACUCGAAAUGAGCACCUUCAUCGAGUGCGACGACGACAGCGUACCCGCGGACAACGUACUAUUUACCUGGGGCCCUCGCUUAAAAAUGGCAGCCCAUAAAGCCGGCCGAUCCUUCGAGAUAAUGCAAACUUUCCAAGAAUCGAUCGAACGAGCAGGAUUCGUGGACAUCCAUACGAAAGACUACAAAUGGCCUAUUGGACCGUGGCCGAGGGAUAAAACUCUCAAGGAAGUCGGUGGUGUUAACCAUCAACACUGGCUUAUUGGCAUGGAAGGGUAUGGGAUGUGGCUGUUGACUAAAUAUGGGGAUCCGGUGCCGUGGACGAAGGAAGAGGUGCAGGUUUAUGUGGCGCAGAUGCGGAAGGAGUUGUCCAAGCCUCGGAUUCAUGUUUAUCAAAGGGCGAGGAGAAUUUGGGCUAGAAAGCCCGUGGAUGAGGAGUGGGUGAAGGUUGAAUCUAGCCCUUGA